AUGACUAUGAAAUUGAUUUCUACAAUGAACUACAAUGAACAAAAACAUUCUCCGUCGACCACUGCGACCACCGAUAACACUCAAGCAUUUACACCCAAUAAUACAACCACUACACAAAUUCCUUUAACAGAAUCAACCAACAUUCCUAAAGAUGCUGUUGGUCAUAUCGUCGAUGUCGCCAAAGCACCAUUUCAUAAUCAAGAAGAUACGGAAAAUUAUGUUAUUAUUCCAAAUACUUCAUACUUCGUUUAUAUGACUCGAGCCGUUAGAAAUUUAUUUAUGACCUUCGUAUUUGAUUGGUCGCUAGCAAUACUUCAUCCUUUAACCUUUUUAACUUAUAUUAUCAUCGUUCCAAUAUUGUUGUUUUCAUUGCUCGCAGUAGAAAUAUUUUUACGCAUAGGAUUUUAUCUUGGAUUAGAAAAUUAUGUAAAUUACAUGUCAGCGAAAUGGGGAAAAGGAUUAAGUACUGUCAAUUGGUUAAAAGAUGGAAUUAUCGGAUUGGAUAAACCACCUCCAGAACCUUUAAAAGAGGAAGCUCUUGAUGAUGACGUUACAAUUCAAACCCGAAAUUUUGAUCUUGAUAUGGCGGAAUUAUUAUUAUUUAUAUCUUCCAUAGUUUACGAACGUAAUGAGAAACUUGUACGCCAAGCCAAUGAAGCUAUUACAGCAUUAACAGAUGAUAAAAAGGAUGUUAAUUUAACAGCUCAAGAUUUUGAAUCAAUUUAUGAACAAUUUUAUGAAUCCGAAGUUAGAAUUCGCGAACAAGCAUCUUUAUGGGGUAUGAAAUUUACUUCAUUAUCAGAAUUGAAUAGUUUAGGUGGACCAUUUUCGGGAAUGUUUUAUAGCGAGGAACAUAGUUUCAUAGUGGCAGUAUUCAAAGGAACCACACCUACAAAUUUUGAAGAUUUCAUAGUAGAUUUAAUGUUACAACGGGUUGAUGCCAGAAGUUUUGUAUUUGGAGAAGUACAUGAAGGAUUUUAUUCCAGUCUUUUCCCUCAAGCCGAAAAAUCCAGUGCCAGAGCAAAUAGUGCAAGUCCUUACCUUACAAUUAUUCGUGCAAUUAGAGCUAAAGCUGCAGAUAUUUUAAAUUAUCAAGCAACUAAAAAUAAAAAUGGUGUACCAAAAAGGAAGAUUAAUGUUUGGGUUACUGGACAUUCUCUUGGUGCUGCUUUGGCUAGUUUAUUCUUUGCUAGAUGCUUAAAAUCACCUGAAGACUUGGGACCAAAUUGUAUUUUAAGAGAUGGUUACGUAUUUGGUAGUCCAGCACUUGGGGAUAAUGAUUUCGCGGCAGAAUUUGCAAGUCAUUCUAAUUCACCAUUUAAUCAACAAAGUAUACUUUGGAGAGUAAUUGAUGAUACCGAUAUUAUUACUCGUAUGCAUGGAUUUGAAGAUUCAUCAAUUCGUCGAGUAAUUAAUAAACGUAGUUUAUUAAAUUUUGUACAUGUGGGAGAAGGGAUAAGAUUCUUUCAAGAUGGUAAAAGACCCGAAAGUUCCAAAAAAAUAUUUUCAUCAGGUAAAGAACCUGUUAUAAUUGAAAGAUUUGAUAUUGAAGAAGGAGAAGAAGAAAAAAUUUUGAAUAAAGAAAUAGAAAUGAUGAGAUCAGUAGCUAGUAAAAUUGAUCAUGCUAAAAAUAUAUUUUUGGAUAAACCAUUUGAACAUAUGGAAGGUAGUCCUUUAAUAUAUAUAGAAAAACUUUUACCCGUUUUCUUUAGAAAUCAUUUACCAGCUAGAUAUUUCGAAGCAAUGCAAAAGGCUCGAAAAUAUUUUGACGGACAAAAUGAAAUUAGAAUUAAAGAAAAUAAAGAUCCUGUUGUUGUUGAUACUGAUGAUAGUAAUAGCUCUAAUUUUUAA